AUGACGCUGGUGCUGGAGUUCAGCCGUCAGACUCUGACCUGUGGCCCCUCCCACUCCGCCGACCUGCCGACCUGCCGCCCCUCCCACUCCGCCGACCUGCCGCCCCUCCCACGCCGCCGACCUGCCGCCCCUCCCAUUCCGCCGACCUGUCGCCCCUCCCACUCCGCCGACCUGCCGCCCCUCCCACUCCGCCGACCUGUCGCCCCUCCCACUCCGCCGACCUGUGGCCCCUCCCACUCCGCCGACCUGUGGCCCCUCCCACUCCGCCGACCUGUCGCCCCUCCCACUCCGCCGACCUGUGGCCCCUCCCACUCCGCCGACCUGUCGCCCCUCCUACUCCGCCGACCUGUGGCCCCUGCCACUCCGCCGACCUGUCGCCCCUCCCACUCCGCCGACCUGCCGCCCCUCCCACUCCGCCGACCUGCCGCCCCUCCCACUCCGCCGACCUGCCGCCCCUCCCACUCCGCCGACCUGCCGCCCCUCCCACUCCGCCGACCUGCCGCCCCUCCCACUCCGCCGACCUGCCGCCCCUCCCACUCCGCCGACCUGUGGCCCCUCCCACUCCGCCGACCUGUCGCCCCUCCCACUCCGCCGACCUGUGGCCCCUCCCACUCCGCCGACCUGUCGCCCCUCCCACUCCGCCGACCUGUGGCCCCUCCCACUCCGCCGACCUGUGGCCCCUCCCACUCCACCGACCUGCCCCCCCCCCCCCGCCCACUCCACCGACCGCAGGAAUCCCGGGCCGCCCGUAAGCCUCCGCCAGCCAAGCCUGGCUCCGUGACUCCGCCAUCUGCCGCUACAAGUCAAAGCGAAGUGAUUAAAAUUAAUUGGCAGGAGAGGCUGGCGAACAAGUCUUGA